AUGAGCCAAUUUGACAAAUCGACCUGGAGCACAGAUGAGCUCAUCGAAUGGAUUUCAGUAAUGAUAAACGAAUCCCAGUCGCUACGACUAAGCCAGCCCGCUGAGAAAGACUACGACUGGGAAAGUCUCCCGCAUUAUCCCCGUAUGUUUGCAAUGGAAGAAUUAGGAAUGAGAAAGAGGGAGAACGGAAACCAUGAGAGGAGUCUAACCGACCUCUUAUAUCAUAUCUCCACCCGACAUAUUUCAACUGCCCAAGCUGUGCUCGUCAAGAACGCUGAGGAAGAGUUGAGAUUUGUAGCCGACAUGUGGCCUCGAUUACGCCAGCGGGAGGAGGCAGAAAAGAAAGCUGCAGAGGAACAAGAUGAGUUGGAGAUGUUAGAAGUAGAGAGAAUUACGCCUGUGAAGGAGAUUACGCCUGAGAAUACCCCUACUGUCUCCAUGGAAGAGGAAUGA